AUGAAGAGCUUCACUUGCAAGACAUUCGGAAGCGGUGUGGUCCAACCUUUCAACGGCUCCAGUUACUACUUGCGGUCCACCUGCAGGGUCACCCUCAGCCACUUCACGCACAACCGCGUGGACUGCGACAUCAGCGCCCGGCGGGGGGACAACGGGCUGCUGGUUGAAGUGGAGAUCACCAUCAAUAAAGUCCAAACGGUCCUGAUGAAUGGAAGCAUCCUCGUGGAGUCAGAAAGCGUCUCCCUUCCCUAUGACCACACCUACCAGCACGUCUUCCAGUAUGGCAUCUACACCAGGCUGAGGAGCAUGCUGCUUCCUCUCACGGUCACCUGGCGUGACGUACCUGGAGGAAUAGACACACUUUGGGUGGAGAUGCAGCAGGAGACGACCGCAGACAUGAGUGGACUCUGUGGGAAACACAACGUUGCGGGCGAUAAGCAGCAGCUGAUUACGGACGCCGUGCACACUGAAGACACAUGUCAAACCAGAGACAUGGUUGCUGUUUAUAAUGCUAAAUGUAGAGAGCUGAUUUCAUUAGUGUUGGAUUGCCUGAAAACAACAGGCUCUCUUUAUAUUGAACUUUGCGAAGAGAACCUUUACCUUUACGAGGACAGCUCCUAUGUGGGCUGUGCGUUCUUCAAAGAAGUGGUGCACCAGUGUGGAAAUGAAAGCCAUGUUUGGAGCAGAUGGAGAGGUGUCACCCAGUGUGACGAACCCAGUUGUCCAGGAGACCUCAGCUAUGUAGAAGAAGGUCCUGCAUAUGUGCCCAGUUGCUCAAACCCCAAAUCUUCUGACCGAGACCUCACCAACUCUUGUGUCUGCCCAGCUGAUGAGGUGUUAAACGAUCAUGCCGAUAGUUUCCAAUGCAUCAAUGUGUCCAGCUGCCCUUGUGUCUUUGCUGGCCUGAUCUACUCUCCUGGGGACAGACGCAGCACCAAGUGUCAGUCGUGCGUGUGCGAGGGUGGGAAGUGGCAUUGCUCUGACAACUACUGUCCAUCGCAGUGUCUCAUUGAAGGGCCUUACGUGACAACAUAUGAUGGAAAAGAGUACGUGGUGCCUGGUGGAUGUAAAUAUUUGGCUUCAAAGGCAAGUUGUCGUGUCAUAUAUAGCUUUUUUUUUGUUUUACCAUCAACUCAGAUCUGUAAUAUGAAUUUAGUAUUUUUUAUUUUUUUUAAAUAUAUAUUUCUAAUAUUUCAGAGCCAAAACUGGACGCUAACAAUCGAGUUCUCGGAAAAGGGAGCGUUUGUAAAUGCUGUUGUCCUCGAACUUUUCCAGGAUGUGUACACAUUCGCACACAACACCGUGCGUUUUGGAGACGAGGAUGUUACAGAGCUCCAUCAGUCAGAUCACGCCAUAGUUUUCUGGCAAUCGUCCACGUACGUGCAGGCCAGCACAUCCUUUGGUAUGGAGAUGCAAGUGCUGAUGUCCCCCGAGAUGCAGCUCUACAUCACAGCAUCUGAAGAUAGCACAGCCACUGUAUUAGGUCUCUGUGGGAACAGUAACAAUGACACCAAAGACGACUUCACAUCUAGCAGCGGGAUAAUCGAGAACUCUGCACAAAUGGUUGCACAUUCUUGGAGUGUGGGUCAAUGCGGGCAAGUCAUCGACCGCUGCAUCAACACAGACUAUGAAUUAUUUGCUGAUGAGAAAUGUGCCAUGUUGAACGACCAAAGUGGCGUAUUUGCCAAGUGCCAUGGUCACGUGGCACCGGAUAGGUACCACAAGGCUUGCAUCCAGAGAACAUGUAACUGUGCCACCACAGUGACCAGCUUACAAGAGUGUUUGUGCGUCGCUUUGGCCAGCUACGCCAAAGCAUGCGCAGAUCUGGGCACGGCAGUCGGCGACUGGAGGCGCACGACCGACUGCAUACAGACGUGUGAAAAGAACCAGGAAUUCUCCUACGACACGCGGGCUUGCAAUCGCACAUGCAGCUCCCUGUCGGGCCCAGACCCCCGCUGCGGGCUGGGUGACGGCCCCGUGGACGGCUGUGGCUGUCCCGAAGGCACGCACCUCAAUGAAGGGCGCAGCUGCGCGCCCAAGGCGGCGUGUGCGUGUCGCUACGCAGACGCUACUACGCCACCUGGGCCCGUUGUAAUUGAUGGAAGACAAUGCGCUUGUGAGGAUGGAGCACUGACUUGCUCGAAGGAUUGUGGCUGCAGCAAUGGGAAAAUAUGUGUCCACUGCUCAGAGCAACAAGUUAAAACAGCUCAGAAAACAUGCGACAGCCUGAACAAACCACUGAGUGGGAACUUGAGCUGUGUGAGCGGCUGUUACUGCCCACACAACCAGUAUGAAGAUCACACAGGAAAAUGUGUGUCACUGGACAACUGCACCUGCGUGUAUAGCGGCAGAGUGUUCAGUGUGGGGGACACGGUCAAAAGCAACUGUAAAACAUGCACCUGCUACAGGGGCCAGUGGCAAUGCAUUAGUGAGCCGUGUACCGAGAAGUGUCAGCUAUUUGGCAAUGGACACAUUCAGACUUUUGACUCCAAAUGGUACCGCUUUGACGGACACUGUCAAUACACUCUUGUCGAGGAUGGUUGUGGAACAGGAAAGGGUACUUUCUCUGUCAGAGUGGAGCGUGUACCUUGUUGCGAUGAGGCCCUCACCUGCUCUCGCACCGUCACUCUGGAGCUAAAGGACCAAGUCACGUUAACGUUGAGUGACACGGGGGUGACCAGAUACCUCCAUAAGGCCUCGUCUCUGCCGGAGAGUUCCCUCUACACCGCGCACACGGUGGGACUCUACGUGGUGAUCUUGGUGCCGAGCAGGAACAUGACUCUCAUCUGGGACAAACACACCCGCAUCGCUGUGGAGCUGUCUUCCACCUGGAGGAGUCGGGUAUGCGGCCUUUGUGGAAACCUCGAUUCCAACGAGAUGAAUGAUCUUCAAAUACAUGGCUCUGCAGUUAUGGCAAACCCCCUUGCCUUCGGUAACAGCUGGAAAACGGCCACGCCUCCGUGUUCGGAUGUGACCACUGACGUGUUCCCGUGCGAACACAACUCCUACUGCUUGGCCUGGGCCCAACGGCGCUGCAUGAUCCUGACCGGAGACGCCUUCAAAGACUGCCACCUCAAAGUAGACCCGCAGCCUUACUACCACAGUUGCGUGGAGGAGUCCUGCUCCUGUGAGUUUGAAGGGAAGUUCUUGGGCUUCUGCACGGCCGUGGCAGCCUACGCAGAGGCCUGCAGUGAUAAAGAUGUCUGCGUGAAAUGGAGAACGCCUGAUUUGUGUCCGGUCUACUGCGACUACUACAAUGAGCAGGACCAGUGCACCUGGCACUAUGAAGCCUGUGGACGAGUCCAAACCUGUGGCAAAAGUAGCCAUUCCUUGCUCAAGCUGGAAGGUUGCUAUCCCAGAUGUCCCGAAGACGCUCCAUAUUACGAUGAAAACAGAGGCAUAUGCACCCAAUUGACAGACUGCACCUGCUAUUUUAAUAACGCCAUUCUCCAACCAGGGAGAGUUGUGAUGAUUCAAGGAACUGAGUGCUCUUGUGUAAAUGGAACAAUCAAGUGUGAAGCGCCACCACCUACUACACAAACCCCGUCUUCAACUGAGCAUCCAUUGAGUACUACGACAUCCUCAACCACGACACAAUUGACCACAGCCUCGAAUACUACAACAUCAUCGACCACACCAUCGACCACGGCGACACCGUCGACCACGGCGACACCGUGGACCACGACGACACCGUGGACCACUAGAACACCGUGGACCACUAGAACACCGUGGACCACUAGAACACCAUGGACCACUACAACAAUGCACACAAGUACAGAGACCUCGACAAUCAGUGUGACGCCGACUACGCCGCAACCAACAACCUCACAAAGCUUCACAACGCCAGUGUGUGAGUGCGUAGACCUAAGAAGUAAGACAAAGUGGAUUUGUGGCGAAAUGUGGACCGAAGACUGCUUCCACAAGAAAUGCACUGAUGGCAAGAUAGAGAUGACUUCGGUGGUUUGUCCAGAGACUGGAAGUCCCUUCUGUCCCAGGGGGAAAGCUGUGAAGAUCUCUGAUGGAUGCUGUGAAACGUGGACGUGCGACUGUGUGUGUGACAUCUACGGAGACCCCCACUACAUCACCUUUAGUGGCGUUCCCUUCAACUUCCUGGACAAGUGCACCUACAUCCUGAUGCAGGAGACGAGGCCGCGUCAUCACCUCACCGUCGCCAUUGACAACUUUGACUGUAACCUCCCUGGCUCCUGCGCCAAAGGCGUCAUCUUGCGCUAUAACAACAACACAGCAAGGCUUACUGUCAUACCAGGAGGGUCGGCGGUUCAGGCGACCUUGAAUACUGUGAGCAUAGAGCCGCCAUAUGAACAGCUUGGGUUCAGGUUUGAGACUACAGGCUAUGUGGUGUCAGUGUACCUUCCACAGGUACGCUCCCACGUCUCCCUCACGCCAUACUACACAGUGGAGGUCAGUUUGGCGAUGGAGCACUUCCUGAUGAACACUCAAGGGCAAUGCGGAGUAUGUGGCGGGGACUCGUGUAUACGCAGAGACGGGCAGAUGGAGGUGGACGACUGCUGUGAUGAGACAGCCUAUGAUUGGAUGUUUAAUGAUUCAACGAAGCCAACUUGCGCCCCAAGAAAUGUCGUCUGUGACCCAUUGCCUACGCUUCCUCCCAGCACUCCCUGUCCUGAGAGCUUGUUUUGUCAACUUCUGGACCACUCAGUGUUUGACGGCUGCAGAGAGUUUGUCGAUGUACAACUUCUAAAGAAAAACUGUGAGUUCGAUUCAUGCUGGAAGGAAGAGUUUGCCUGUUCCUCUCUGGAACAAGCGGCCAGGCAAUGCCAAGACGCUACCGGCGUUUGUAUCCAAUGGAGAACGCUCACAAACGGAUCAUGCGAUAUACAUUGUACAGAAGGAUUAGUGCAGAAAGAAUGUCAUAGCAAGCUGGACGACUUCUGUUAUGGAGGGACACGUCAUCCAGGGUCCCCUGUCAGGAACAGUGCAGGGUGCGUCUGUCCAGAGGGCCACAUUAGGGCAGGAAAUAACUCGGAGAUCUGCGUAACAAACUGCUCAUUUUGUAAAGGACCCCUGGGUGAGCCCAAGAUGCCGGGUGAAGAGUGGCAGUCCAACUGCUACUGGUGCACUUGUAACAAGCAAACUCUGACAGAGGAGUGCCACCCCAUACCUAGGACAACAGCUCUUUGUGGCCCCAACUCUGUACUGGUGACCAAAUGUUGCGGCAACCAGACUUGCGUUGAGAAGACGUGCAGUUAUAAUGGCACCACGCACAAGGUGGGAGAGCGGUGGAACGACACUGCUGAUCCAUGUGUUGCAUUAAGUUGCACGGCAGACGGCGUUCAAAAGGAGACAGCAGUCUGUCCCAGUGAAAGCUGUCCUGAGGUGGACAAAACAUGGGAUGACCAACACUGCUGUUACACAUGCAAACAGGAAUGCGCUCCGAGGAUGUCCAGUAUAAACAUCAGCAUGGACAGCUGCACCGCCACCCUGCAGGUUCCCAUGUGCCAGGGCCAAUGUGUGUCUCAGACAGGGGUGGUGCUGGAUAGCAUCCUGCAGGUGGACCAGAUCUGGACCUACUGCCAGGAGCUGGAAUCGGAAUGGCGAUCAGUGACCCUGCAAUGUUUGGACCUGACGAGCAGACAUUUCACCUACAACCAUAUCUCCAGUUGUGGCUGCACAAACUACAUUUCGUAAAACGAAAACACACAAAAAAAACAAUGUGACAUUUUUAAC